AUGACAAAGGAAGAGGAGCAAGACGAGGCGGGUACAUUUCUGCCGGAGCGAUUCUGGGUGCCGGAUCAUGUUCUCUCCAGCUUCCACACCCUUGACAUGCGCUUUGGGAUCGAGCUUGUUAUCAGAGAGCCCGCCACUCCGGCCAAUGCUUCCCUCAUCAAUCGCAACAGGUGCUUGAACAUGUCAUUGCACGCCACCGACGUGCACAUGACCUUCGGUACGCCCGUUGACCGCGCUGGCUAUAUACUCGACCCUCUUCCUACCGCCGACGGCAACUCCGACACCGCGGAUGACGUCCUUGAGCUGAGGAGUUAUGACAACUUCUCCGACCGCGAUCUCCGCCUGCAUGACGACACCAAGUUCGAGGCUGCGAUCGAUAUCCUGACCUUGCCAGCGGUGCUCACCCCAGCGAAAAGCCCCAUUACGGAGUUCCGCUCCAACUUGGUGACCGUAAACACUCUCUACGCCUUGCGGCUUGAAGUCGACAAUUACCUUGUACGGCAGAAAGUCCUUCCCCGCUACAUUGACACGUACUUGGACCGUAUGACUUGA